UGUAAUCAUCAAAAACGCCUAUGACGCUACUGCACCGGGUAUAUAUGUUAGUUAUCUCAUGCACAUGCACAUGCCAGCCCCCGGGUGGUGCUGCUGCUGGGUAUAAGUAGAAGGUGUGUACCCCACCUUCGACAGCUCUCCUUCUUCACUACGCAUCUAUCUCUCUCAUCGUCGUACUACUGCCUAGCUACUCUACUCGUUCUUUGUGAUACCCCCCCGGAAGUUAUUCAAGAUGGCUCCCAAGAUCGCGAUUGUUUACUACUCCAUGUACGGCCACAUCAAGAAGAUGGCCGAUGCUGAGUUGGAGGGUAUCAAGGAGGCUGGUGGUGACGCCAAGCUCUUCCAAGUCGCCGAGACCCUUCCCCAAGACGUCCUCGACAAGAUGUACGCGCCCGCCAAGGACGCCUCCAUCCCAACCCUCGACGACCCCGCCGUUCUCGAAGAAUUCGACGGAAUCCUCUUCGGUAUUCCCACCCGCUACGGCAACUUCCCCGCACAAUUCAAGACCUUCUGGGACAAGACCGGCAAGCAAUGGCAACAAGGUGCCUUCUGGGGCAAAUACGCCGGUGUCUUCGUUUCGACCGGUACCCUCGGUGGCGGCCAGGAGACUACUGCUAUUACCAGCAUGAGCACGCUUGUGCACCACGGUUUCAUCUACGUCCCGCUCGGAUACAAGACGGCGUUCAGCAUGCUGGCUAACCUCGAUGAGGUCCACGGUGGUAGCCCGUGGGGCGCUGGUACUUUCUCCGCUGGUGAUGGUAGCAGGCAGCCCUCUGAGCUUGAGCUUAACAUUGCCAAGGCUCAGGGUAAGGCGUUCUACGAGGCGGUUGCUAAGGCCCACCAGUGACUAGAUGGCGGAAAGACUGCUGGCGAUGCUGUGGGUGAGAAGAGCGUGGAGGCUGCGAAUGGAACGAACGGUAGUGCUGCUGCGGCGGCGCCUGCUGCUACUUCUACCACCGCGCCCGCUGCUUCUUCGUCCCAGCCUCAGCAGAGGGGGCCGGAAGAGAAGGAUAAGGAGGGUCCGUGUGGAUUGCCUGCAAAGUGCGAUAUCAUGUAGAUGUUUGUCUUCCUUUUUCUUCCGCUCUCUAUCUUCCCCUUGUUUAGACAGCUGCGAGACGAGAUAAAUGAAAUAAAGUAAUACCUUCAUCAGUUCGACCAUCGUAGCUUGACCUAUGAUGACGGAAUGGACUAUCCAAUCUAUACGUUGGAUAGAAACAUGUGUAGAUUUGUUAGUGAUUAUCUAAGUUGGACUAACAAAACAUUACUUGCAUCUCAAUGGAUCUUGGAA